GUCCUGCACUAUUUCUCUCUUAGCCACACGUUCACAAGGGACACACGGCAAACAUCAGCUGGUUCACUAUGCCUGCAUCUGGUAUGAUGAGACUUGCCUUCGGGAUUCUCCCUAUCAAGGAAAGCCUGUGUGUCACUCUGUCCAGCUUCACUGUGGCUCUGUGUAUCCUCGUCCUUGUUCUGGUGGCUCUCAGGGGCCGCAAGGGCCACAAAUCACUGUUUUCCCACAGCCAGCCCCAGAGCAGUAGGACAUUUACACCUCCGCCCGGCCCCACACCUUGGCCUCUUGUAGGUAAUCUGUUGCAAAUGGAUGAUCAGAUCCACCUAUCUCUAACCCGCCUGAGGCUGCAGUAUGGCGAUGUCUUUAAGCUGCACCUAGGCUCCCUGACUGUUGUUGUCCUAAGCGGGUAUGCCACCAUCAGGCAGGCUUUGAUUCGGCAAGGUGAAGCUUUUGCUGGGCGACCUGACCUAUUCACCUUCUCAGCUGUGGCCAAUGGAACCAGUAUGACCUUCAGUGAGAAGUAUGGACCUGCCUGGACCCUGCAUAAGAAACUGUGUAAGACAGCCCUCAGGUCUUUUUCCCAGGCUGAACCCAGGGGCUCUGGAGCUACCUGCCUUUUGGAGGAGCAUGUGUGCGCCGAGGCAGCUGAACUGGUGCAGGCGAUUCGGGAGUGGGCCGCCAUAGAGAGCAGGGGUCACGAGAAUGGCCAAGUUUCACCAGGUCUAGAUCCUGUGGUCCCCAUAGUGACCUCAGUGGCAAAUGUCGUCUGUGCCCUGUGUUUUGGGAAAAGGUAUAACUACAACGACAAGGAAUUCCUCACCAUUGUGCACAUCAACAAUGAAGUCCUCCGGAUUUUUGCUGCUGGGAACCUGGCCGAUUUCUUCCCCGUUUUCCGUUACUUUCCGAGCCCAUCGCUGAGGAAAAUGGUCCAGCACAUCCGCAGGAUGAACGGCUUUAUGGAGCGGAACAUUGAGGAGCACAUCAACACCUUUGAUAAGAAUUGCAUUCGAGACAUCACGGAUGCCCUGAUAGCGCUGUGUGAGGGCAGAGAGGAAGACCAGGACGCCACCAUGCUUUCCAACUCCCAGAUCAUUCGCACCGUCAUCGAUAUCUUUGGCGCAGGAUUUGACACCAUUAUUGCUGGUUUACAGUGGAGCCUGUUGUAUCUCAUCAGGUUUACUCACAUCCAGGAUCGAAUACACCAAGAAAUAGAUGAGCACAUUGGCCCAGCCAGACUGCCUAGGUUUGCGGAUAAACCCAAGAUGCCUUUCACAGAGGCCUUCCUGUACGAAGUGUUCCGUCAUGCGUCCUACGUCCCAUUUACCAUACCUCACUGCACUACAAGAGACACCACUCUGAAUGGAUACUUCAUCCCCAAAGACACCUGUAUCUUCAUCAACCAGUAUCAAGUCAACCAUGAUAGUGAUCUCUGGGGGGACCCAGACACCUUUCGCCCUGAGCGCUUCCUAGACGGGUCAGGACUCCUCAUCAAGGAGCUGACAGAGAAGGUUCUUAUCUUCGGCAUGGGGAAGAGACGAUGCCUCGGUGACAGAUUUGCAAGGCUGGAGAUGUUUGUCUUCCUCACUACCCUGCUCCACCGGCUGAAGAUCCAAAGUGUCCCUGGGCAGGAGUUGGACCUUAGCACCGACUUCGGUCUCACAAUGAAGCCACAGCCCUACCGGAUUAAUAUUUCAUCAAGGUACUAG